AUGUUUGCUUAAUUCAUCUAUGAAUAAGGAGUGCUCUAUUUCUUAUGCAUUAUGGCAAUCAUAAGCAGUCUUUAUGCAUGUAUGUAUACCAGUAGCAACCAACUAUUUCCUCAAAGCUUAUUGAUGAUCAUUCCAUUUUAGGUGGUUUUGACCAUUUUGAAUUUUGAUAUGGUGAGUGUGGGAAUCAUCCCGUAUUUAAUUCUAACAGAUUUAAUCAAUAGCGAUAUUAUCAAACGAUUACCGAAAAAGCCAAUUCCUCCUCCAAGAAGAUCAUAUAAUGCAUAGAUCGAUAAUCAUCAUAGCAUUCACAUUUAAAAUGUUAUCAAAUAAAAUGCGCAGAGCCUUAAAAAAUAUGAAUAUUUUCAUAUUGGCUGUAUAACUUUGUGUUAUAUAGCAAUACCAAAAUACAAUUGUACUAGAAUGUUAACUAUUCAAAAGACACUGCAUAAUUGUUAAAUACUGCUUUCUUAUAAUAUUAUUAUAAAUCAGAUUAUAAUACAACUCUGUUCAAAAUAGUCAUCUCAUCAAUCAAAUUUUUGUUAUGCUUAUUGAA